UGGUGGCGCUAGAGUCGCUGUUGAGGUUCGCUUCCGGUGUACACGUCGUCGUCUGACGGCGCCGUUCAAUUUUUCUCCGGAACUUCCCGGCGGCACUGUUGUUUCACAAACCGCGACGCACUUCCCGCCGACGUUCUCGACGUCGGACCCGUCGCCGUCGCAUUUUCUGCCGCUCUCUCUGACCGCGUCCCUGGAAAUAAACGGUUGGUUACCGCGUCAACCCCGACGUGCGUCGUUGCUUGUCGAAGCGUAGGAAAAUGGCGACUGCCGUGCCCUCACGGUUUGCCGUCCUCAGCAUCGAGGACGACGAUUAUAAGCCGAAGAAGCCGCAGAAGAACGCGACAACGAGCAAGGCCAACACCAAGAACAAGGGCGACAAGUCGAAGCAGCAGCAGCAGCCGCAACAGCAGCAACCAAACAAAAAAAAACAGAACAAAGGAAAAAAGAAGAAAACGAAUAAUGAUGACCAACAGUGGGAACAGUGGAAGCAAAAGGAUACAAUGGCUGUUGAAGAAACGUUCGAGCAAGAAUUACAUCAAGCCAUUCUGCUAUCAAAAUUGGCGUAUGAGGAACAAUUAGUUAGCGUAGCAAAAACUGAAAAGGAACAAGAACCAAAUAAGAAAUCUGGUAAAAAAUCGAAAAAGGCAACUAUGUCAUUGGAAGAAUUUAACAGCAUGGGGACUGCAAGUGCAACGGUAGCGCCAUUAACAAAUGAACCUACAGAAAAGUCGAGAGAAAUAGAUCCAGAAUUCUUCGAGAGGAUAGAGAAGGAAACAAAAGAAGAAAUAACAAAAGGAAAAGAAAAGGACAUAUUGAAGGCCAGAUUAAAUAAAAUCGAUGACGAUAUAACGUUCGCGCAGUUAAGAGUAGAGAUUGAAAAACGCGAUGAAAUAAUCGGCCAAUUGAGAACUGAGGUGCACAUGCUAAAAGAAGAGUUGACACAAGUUAAGGAGAGAAAUAAAAAACUUUAUCAGAUAUUAUCGCAUGGCGAGAUGAAGGAUAAAGCAUCAGUGUUGGCUGAAGUUGCGAAACUACAAGAGAUAAGAGAUGAACUAACGUCCGAGGUAACUUCUUUGCAUGCUCAACUAGAGCAGGAAAGAUCUAAAACGCGCACCUCAAGCGUAGAUGUAAAAACAUCCAAGCAAACUAACAAGAAAAGGCCGGCCAGUGAAAAUGCCUAAUUCGUUUUUCACGAAAAACUACCAUUGUGAUCAAUUAAUUUUAAUUAAUAAUACAUAUUAAUUAAGUAGCAAUAUGAAAAGAAGGAACAUUAUAUUUGCAAUGCGAAAUUUUUAUUUUCCAUCGCAUAUAUAACAUGUAUUCCUUGAAUAUAUAUAUCUUGAAAGUAGGAUUGCAGCCUACGUGUUGAUAACUCUUUAUUUUUGUUUUGUUUUUUUUUUAAACAGCGUAAUGCUUAUGUUUUUCAUUAAUAAGUUCAAUAAGUUUUUUAAAUUUAGAAAUAUUACGUUUAAAGAAAACUGAGAAUAAUAUUUGUUUACAUUUCUUCCAAAGGCAUUUUAUAAUUUAUCAUCUUCCAAAUUGUGUAUUACGUACAUACACAUCCGUGUGAAUAUAGAUAAUAUAUAUAUUCAUAUUCACUCAUACACGCAAAGGCAUACACACACGGACAUGUAUGUAUGUUGGUUGAUAUAAUAAAUAUAUACAUAUAUAUAAAUAUUACUUAAAAUAUUUUGUAAUAAAAUAUAUAUUCUACACAA